AUGAAAGCUGUCGCUGCCCUACUCAUAUGCGGACUGGGCCUGGUGUCCCCUGCCUGUGAACCGGGUUGGACGCAGUUCAAAGAGGACUGUAUAUGGUUUAGUAAUUCGGCUAAAAUAUGGUCGAGUGCUGAGAAUGACUGCCGUUCAAAAGGAGCAUGGUUGUUGUCAGAUGACAAUGAAGAUAAGCAUAAUUUCCUGUCCUCCAUCUUAUAUGCCUUUAAAAGCUUCCAUUUCAAUAAAUUCUUCAUCGGUGGAAGUGAUACAGCUUUUGAGAAUCAAUGGCGAUGGUUGGAGACUGGGGUCAGUGUUGGUCCUUAUACCAAAUGGGGUCUAGAGGAGCCUGAUGGAAACAACACCAAGAAUUGUUUAGCUGUGCGUUGGCAAAACGACACUAACCUGGUGUGGUCAGACGAAAUCUGCGGACAUUCGGCAAGUCAUCAUCAUCACGCUCACGGAUCUUUGAACUACAUUUGUGAGAAACAUGUGAACAAUUCCGGCUCGAUGGUAAUUGGUCGUCGCUGA